UAAUCAAGUCGCAUUUUCAACAUCCAUGUUUCCAACCCUGCUAAUCUAGGCCUUUUGCCUUUAAAAAUGGAUGACUGACGCACUUGACAGCUAUUGAGAAAGGGGGCUUCCAGUGGGACACUAACCAAAGAUCAUUUGGUUUCUCAGGCUCUGUAGUCCGCCUUUAUCGUCUCCUUGGGGAUUCAAUAGCAGAGAUGACGGAUGGAAAUCUGCCCAAUAUAAAGAAAUGGGUUGUGUUGUAUCCUGUUUACAUAAACUCAAAGAAGACCAUAGCUGAGGGCAGGCGAAUCAGCGCGACUAAAGCUUGCGAAAAUCCAACUUGUGCUGAGAUUAGUGAUUGCUGCAGCCAUCUCAAACUCCCUUUUGCUAUUGAGAUUGACAAGGCCUAUCCUCGCGAUUUCAUGCAAAUAGGGAGGGUGAGGGUACUGCUGAAGAAGGAAGAUGGGACUUUUUACAAUCCAUCUAUUCCUACUAGAAAACAGCUAAUGCUCCGUGUUGCAGAGUUGGUGCCUAGGCAUCCUAUGAGGACUAAGAAGCAAGAGCCUGCAUCCACAUCAGGUGCUGGAUCAACCAAGCCUGGGAAGGGUGGAAAAAAGAAGAGAUAGUUUUAUCAUUGCAAAUCCAUCGGGCCAUUAUCUUUUGGCGACAUUAUAUAACUCAGUGAUUUCAAAUUCCCCAGAUAUUAUCUUUAGUUUACAACGUGUGCAUUCUAUCUCAUUACUUGUUCUCAUGCCCUCGUGAAAAUUUUUUACUAGUCUAUUUUGGAAACUUUAUCUUCAUUUGCCUAUAAAGUUCAAAAGAAAAAAAUAUAUUUUGUGGUUUUACUCAACAAGGGACAAAGUUGAUUGUUAA